AUGGAGAUGGAGCUCAACCUUGUCUCGUACGUGUCCAUCGCCCUGUUCGUCCUCUCCGGCGCGUACGUCUACCACACGACGCGGAGCCGGUCGCCGAGGCCGCGGCUCCCGCCGUCGCCGCCCGGGUGGCCCGUGAUCGGCCACCUCCACCUGCUGACGGACAUGCCGCACCACGCGCUUGCGGAGCUGGCCAGGACCAUGCGCGCCCCGCUACUCCGGCUCCGGCUUGGGAGCGUCCAGGCCGUGGUGAUCUCCAAGUCCGACCUGGCCCGCGCGGCGCUCACCAGCAACGACGCGGCCAUGGCGUCCCGCCCGCACCUUCUCUCAGGCCAGUUCCUUGCGUUCGGGUGCUCCGAGGUCACGUUAGCCCCAGCGGGGCCGUACCACCGGAUGGUGCGGCGGGUGGUCGUCUCCGAGCUCCUCUCGGCGCGCCGCGUCGCCACCUACGGCAGCGUCCGGGGCAAGGAGCUCCGCCGCCUACUCGCGCACCUCACCAAGAACACCUCGCCGGGGACACCCGUCGACCUCAGCGACUGCUUCCUGAACCUCGCCAACGACGUGCUCUGCCGUGUGGCCUUCGGCCGCCGCUUCCCGCAUGGCAAGGAUGACAAGCUCGCCGCGGUACUCACCGAGGCCCAUGACCUCUUCGCCGGGUUCAACGUCGGGGACUUCUUCCCUCAGCUCGAGCCCUUUGCGAGCACCAUCACCGGGCUCCGCCGCCGGCUGAAGAGCUGCUCCGCCGACCUCCGCCAGGUCUGCGACGACAUCGUCGAGGAGCACGUGAGCGGCAAGCACCAGCGCCUCCCCGGCGACCGCGACGAGGACUUUGUGGACGUGCUCCUCCGCGUCCAGAAGUCGCCCGACCUCGAGGUCCCGCUCACCGACGACAAUCUCAAAGCCCUCAUCCUGGACAAGGAUGGGCCGAGACUUGCACUAAAUAAUUAUUUCGUUUUGGAAUCUUGA